AUGCAGCGCGCUGUGCGGCAGGGAGAGAUCGAAGAGGCCCGCCGCGUCGGCGCCUCCGCCGCCGUUCCCCUCAGCGUCGCCCCCUCCCAGCUGGACCUCGGCCCCGAGCUCUCCCGCGGCGCCGAGGCCGUCGUCGUGCGUGGCCGCCUGGCAGGGCGGGACGUGGCCGUCAAACGCUUCACCAUAGCACGGUCUGAGGACCUGCACCGCUUCCGGAGCGAGCUGGCGCUUAUGUCGGAGCUCUCCCACCCGGCCAUCUGCCCCGUCCUCGCCGCGCACGCGCUGCCGCCAAGCUACCUCCUAGUCAUGCCGCUCGCGGCCGGCACGCUGCACGGGCGCGUGCACAGGCAGGGGUGGCGGCCCUCUUGGCGGGAGCUGCUGGCCAUAGGCGCCGCGCUGGCGGACGCGCUCGCCGCGGUGCACGCAAAGGGGGUGGUGCACCGGGAUGUGAAGUCGGCCAACGUGCUGCUGACCGAGGAGGGUGCCCCCCUGCUGUCAGACUUUGGGCUUGCGGCGCCUGCUGAGCUGCUGGCGGCGGAGAACAAGAUCACGCAGGCGGCCGUGAGGUCGCGGGGCAUGCCGUCAGGCGGCUUCCACAAGCGCAUGGUCCUGGGCACCCUCGAGUACAUGUCCCCAGAGGUCCUCCUCAAGCGGCCCUCCUCCUUCGCAUCGGAUGUCUACGCCCUCGCCAUCACCAUCAACGAGGCGGCAGCAGGCACCUACCCAUUCUCGGACUGCACCAAGGACAACCCCGACAUACACACAGUCUUGGAGCACGGCUACGGCCGCCAGGAGCUUGCCGCGGCGGUCGCCGCGGAGGGCCUGCGCCCGCUGCUGCCCGCCGGCGGCGCGCCGCCCGGAUACGCGGAGCUGAUCCAGGCGUGCUGGGCGCUCGACCCCGCCGCGCGGCCGUCUGCGGCCGACGUCGCGCGGCGGCUGGCGGAGAUCGCCGCGGGGGUGCACGACCUGGGGCCGGCGUCGGCGGGCGCCGUCCGCGGCGCCAGUCCGCACCUGACGCCAUCUGCCUCUGUGCUGUCUCUGGCGCGCCACGUCAUCGACAGCGACUCGGGGCGCUCCUCUUGGACGGGCGACGAGGGGGAGGACGACGACGAUGUGCUAGACACGCUCACAGAGCCCGACACGCCCACCGGCUGCAGCCCCUCCCCCGGCGCGGAGGGCUCGGUCGUGUUCUCCCGCGGCGGCGGCAGCGGCGGCGCCGCGCCCGGCGGCCUGCAGCUGAACAGCGCGCUCGGGCGCGCGGCCGCGGCGGCGCCGGCGCCGGCGGGGAUGGAGCUACUCGCGGGCGCGUUUGGCGCGAUAGGCCCGCGGGAGUCGAUGGAGGACCGGCAGCUGCUGCGCGGCUGCCUGGGCGGGGACGCGGCUGUGCACCUGGUCGCCGUGUUUGACGGUCACCGCGGCCACGAGGCGGCGGCGUUUGCAACAGCGCACCUGCCGCGCGCGCUGCAGCUCGCCUCCCUCAAGCAGGCGACGCGGGGCGGCAGCGGCAGCAGCAGCGGCGCGGCGGCGACGGCGGCAGCAGAUGCGUACGCGCCUGUGGGCUCGCAGCCGACCAUUGGCGCGAGCCCCGCGGCCGCGGCGCUGCGGGACGCGUUUGUCGACGUCGAUGCAGCCUUCCGCGCAGAGUGGACUGCCGCGCAGCAGGGGUCUGCCGGCAGUGUCGCCUCUCUUAGCAGUAGCACCAGCGGCGCCAGCGGCUUCGGCGGCGGCGCCCCCAGCGCGGGCCCGACCCCCGCCGGCCCCUCUGGCGGCGCGCCGCGCGGCGCCGCGGGCCGCUUCCCGGGCUGCACGGCGCUUGCCGCGGUCGUCGCCGGCGGCCGCCUGUUGGUCGCCAACGCUGGCGACUGCCGCGCCGUUGUCAGCCGCGGCGGCGCCGCGCUCGGGCUCAGCCGGCAGCACACGGCGGACCUCGAGGACGAGCGCGCGCGCGUGCUCGCCGCCGGCGGCAGCGUCGCGCGGCGCGCGGGCGGCUGGCGCGUCGGCGCGGCGGCGCUGCAGGUCACGCGGGCGCUGGGCGACUUUGAUCUCAAGGGCCCGAUCGAUGGCGGCGUCACCGCGGUGCCCGAGGUUGUCGAAUUUGAGCUUUCCGAGGCAGAUCAGUUCCUGAUUAUGGCGACCGACGGCGUGUGGGACGUCAUGCGCGACGACGAGGCAGUCGGGCUUGUGAGGGACACUGUGAAGGACCCCCAGCUGUGCGCCAAGCGCCUGGUGACCGAGGCGCUCAGCCGCGGCAGCCGCGACAACGCGACCGCGCUCGUCGUGUUCUUCAGGCCCGUCGCGUCGCUCGAGUCGGUGUGGACGAGCGCGAGCGGCGUGCCAGCGCCCGAGGCGACGCCGACUUUCUACGGGUCCAGGCGGCCGGUGCCGCGGCGGGAGGCCGGGCCGGGGGCCGCCGCGGACGAGGUGACUGACACCUACUGA